UUGAAUGUUUGCUACAAAUUGAAAAUUGUCAUCAUUUUGAAUACAGACUCAGAAGACUGGUCAUUUAUUAUGAAAAGCUGAGUACAAGUCUCCAAUACGGUUGCGUUCUCUCAACAUGAAAGCUGUUCAAAUGACAGAGAACAUGUGGAUCCAACAAUUGUUACUCAAUACUGCUGAGUGCGAAUAUUUCAAAUAUCUGACUUCAUCGAGCAGUCGCAAAAGCAAAAAUCAGAUCAAAGGCUCCUCUGAGGUUAAAUCGACCGUGAAGAAAGGCGACGAAGAGCUCCCGGAAGCUUCAGUAGAUAAUUCGAAAAAAGCUCAAAUGGCAGUAGAAACAGAAAAGUCUGAGCCUAAUGUAAUCAUAUCUCUAGAUGAUUCCGUUCAGCAUGGUGUUUGGUUUCAAAAGCGCCUAUUUGACGAAAGUGAACAAUUGUAUCACCACUAUCGUGAAAUAUGUUAUCGAAAGCAAAAGAAACAAGCGAAACCUUUCGCCAUUGUGAGAAAGCCACCAGUUAAAGCGACAUUCAAACACUUCGAUUCGAUAAAUGCCCAGGAAGUUGUCUUAGACGUUGAUAAUGAUGAUCUUUGGUCAGAAUUGCUUUUGGCUGUACAAGAAAAUGAAGCGCAAUCACCUAAUGAGAUUUUAAUGAAAGAAGAUUACGUGAAACUACUUAACCAGAUGAUACAGCAGAGUGGCAAUGAAAAACUGAAAGGAGCAGCGCUGUGUAUAUUUGGCUCGACUUAUAACGGGUUCGGGAACAAAGGCAGUGACUUGGACCUGGUGAUUCUCUUCAAACGAGAAGAAGACGAUGAUCCGAGGAAAACAAAUAUGGACAUCGUGAAUGCUAUCUCGAAAGUGAUGAGGGGUGUGGAAUUCAGAGAUGUGAUCAGAAUUCUUCAAGUUGUGCGCGGAGCGAGGGUUCCAAUCAUCAAGUUCAUUUCCACACAUAAGAAGUAUCCGAGAUUAAUGGGUGAUAUAUCUGCACGAAAUAGACUGGGCCCAAGAAAUACCAAGCUGAUGAAUGCCUAUGCUAUAUAUGAUGAGCGCCUGAGAACACUGGGAUAUGGCAUCAAAAAGUUCGCAAAGCUGGCGGACAUCAACGAUGCAUCUACUGGGUCUCUUUCAUCGUAUGCAUAUCUGUUGAUGAUGAUCUACUAUCUGCAACACACUUCUCCCCCUGUUCUCCCAUGUCUGCAAGAUGUGACACUUUUGAAACAGGGCGAACAACUAGUCAGAAUAGAGAAUGAAAUGAACACGUGGUACCAAGAAGACCUCGACUAUGUACGAGGAAUUACAGCAGCCUUAUUUCCUCCGAAUAGAAUGUCGAUCGGAGAACUCUGGAAAGGAUUCUUUGAGUUCUACACCAAUUUCGACUUCAGAACCCAAAUCGACAUCAGAAUGCGACUGAGUCCAACAGUGCGGCGAGUCGGCAUCGAAAUACGAGACCCAUUCGACGAGGAACACGACUUAGCUCGUGUUUUACGACUUUCCGGCGAGAACUUAAUCCGAAACUGCUUCAGCUCAGCUCUGAAUUUGUUCAGGCGUAUUGAAGUUGCACAGAAGAAACUGAGUGAAAAAAAUAAAUUAGAGCUUUUUGAUUGGCUGGUAGAGCAAGUUGCGAAUUCACAUCCCUAUGGGCAGAUGAAUACGUGUUGGCUGUGUGGUGACGGCGACCAUUACAGAAGUGUGUGUCACAUUUUUGCAGAACGAAAGAGAAACGAGGGAGUUAAAGAGCGCACGAGGAUGAGAAACAGACAUCGUCAAUCAAAGAAUUCGGAGAAAAGUGAGAACAGUCAAACUCAGAAUAACGGAGCUCAAAACGUAGCUCCGAGAGCUCCUAAUGCGAACAGGAAUCUGAGAUGGCCAGCGCGAAAUACCGUGGAUAAUAAAACUAAUUUCAGAAAUGGAAUAACUUUAAAUGAUGCAAUGGCCAAUUACCGCCAAAACAAUAUCAACAGAAGUUUGACCCCAGAAGUUGAAUAUUUAAUGAGGAUGCAGGCGCAGGCUCAAUAUAUGGGAGCUCAACGGUAUCAUUUUCCGCAGAUGGGAGGCAGAUAUCCGAAUAUGUAUCAGAAUUUGGCUCCCGCUCAACCGAUGGGAUAUCAGUCUUCGCGAUACUACACGCAACAGCAACACACGCCGCCUAAUGCUGUCGAACUGAGAUUCAUGCGAGAUCCUUCUAACAGUCCACGAGGAAACUACGGACCUGCGCCUCAGUAUUAUCAAAACCUUACCCCGGCAUACCACCAACCGCCUGUUCUGAUUCCAAAUCAAUUGAGAAAUAACGGCGGUGUCAUGGAUCGCUAUGACCACAGAAUGUAUGGCAGAAACCAGAACAGAACAUUCAAAAAUUCCUAUCAAAACACACCAGACGCUCGCGAGUUUGCCAAUCAAAACAAUUUCCAAGUGGAUGUAAGAACGCAUCAUCAGCAGCAGCAGUAUUAUCAGCAACCGGUUAGAGCCAUUUACCAGAGGGAAAGUUCAUCGAGUAGUAGCUCUCAAAAUUACUCAAUUCUUGGAAAUGCACCGAAGCCAUCGUCAGGUUUUCCGCAACCGUACAACGGAAGAAUUUAUUAAACUCAAAGUCAUAAAAUUAAAACAAAUACGUUUGUGGUACUGGUUUUUCUUGAGAAGAAAAUAUUUUAAACGUGUUCUUUGCAUGCUCCUAUUUUGGUAUAUAAUUAUUGGAUUUAAAAUUUCCUGACUUUUGAUUGUUCACAUUUGGUGCUAAAUGGCAUUUUAGUUUUUCUCCUUUUAAGUUCCGUUGGUUGAAAACUUUGAUUUACUGAAACAAUAUUUUGCAUUGAUUGUUAACAAAUAGUGAUAGCAAUUCAGUUUUUCAAUAUA